AUGAGCCGGCACCACGAGGCUGGGUACCUGGAGCGGCUGGAGCGCUCGGCGGCCGCGCACCACAGGGAUGCGCGAGCGCGGGUCAGCAGCCAGCCAGGCGCGCCGACUCUCUCGUCGGCCAUGGCGUCCCUCAGCGUGGCGCCGAACGCGGCGUCGCCCCCUGUCAGCCGCGGAGGAGGCAACCCGCGCGGACAGGGGUUGCUCUACGAUUCGCGCUCCCCCGUGCCCCGGGACCAGCGGCGCCCGCCGAGCGGACUGUCGCACAUGCAUCCCGGGAUGUAUCAGUCCCACGAGGCUCUGGGCUUGAAACGCCUCAUGAGCCAUCCAGCCGACCGCGCCGUGCGUUCUGAUGCUGCCAAAGACACUCACUCCCACCGGGGCGCGAACGGCGCGACCAGCGACGCAACGGGGCACGCGGACGGCCUGGGGGUGUCGGGCGCGCGGCUCGUCAUGAAGCGGUCGAUCCGCGAGAAGGGGGAGGAGUGCACCGGGAUGACCGUGGGGGAGUACAUGGACCUCAUGGAGCGCCGGAGCCGCGCGGGCACCCCAAACAACGACGAGCACCGGCCCAACUCCCGCAACAGCUCCCGCGCCGCGUCGCGCGGACUCACGUCAGGAGGGGACGUGGGGCUGAUAGGGUCGCGCGGGGGGCGCAGGACGCGCGGAGGCACGGCGGAGAUGCCGGCGCCGAAGGCCGACCUGUGGGGCGCGACGACGGACAACGCGGCGGCGGCGUACGGCCGGCAGCCCACGCGGGAACGGCAGGCGCCCGUGGGGCACGCCGCGCCGGUGGUGCCGCGGCCGUCGUCGCGCGUGGCCGCGGACCGCGUCGCGAGCGCGUCGCGGGGCGGCGCGCAGGGCGUCAUGCGGCCAGGCACGGCGAGCAACAUCGAGGGGCGGGGGCGGCCGGCGUCGCGCGGGGAGUGGGGCGAGCACGAGCAGGGCCGGCACAGCGUCACCCCGGCGGACUUCCGGGACCUCCCGCCAGAGCUGUUCUCGCCCAAGGACACGCAGGGCGGCGGGGGACGCACCCCGAUGUCGGCAUACAAGAGCGGGCGCGACGUGGACAUACCGUCCGUUGCAGUGCCUGUGGGGCCGGCGGGGGGCUAUAGUCUGACGGCGGGCGGGCACGCGAAGCUCGUGCCGCCGUCGGGGCCCGCGGCGGCGCGCAGCGGGCACCACGACGACGCGGCGGGCCUGCCAGCGGAGCGGCACGCGGAACAGCUCUCCGGCGUGCAGCGCGGGGCGCGCCGGAUCGUUUCGGCGCACCUGCCAUCGGCGGAGCACAGGCCGCCGAGCAGGCAGAAGGAUCCGAAUCGCAGCUUAGGGCUCACACCGAUGGACGCCGGCGGAGCACAGGGGCAGGGGGGCGGGCGCGGACCGCAUGCGCAGUUUCGCCCCCGAUCCGCGCAGCCCGCGUCGGGACACGGGCACCCCACCGGCGCUCCGAAGAGCAACCCUGGCCGCUCGCUACUCCUCGGGCGCGCGUCGCGUCCCGGGCCCUCGGCGCAGCUGGCGGGUGAGCGGCGGCGCGGCUAG